UUUCUUGAACCUUGACUUCUGUGUGUUGGUGCUAACUGUGCUGUUAGGGGGAUUGCUCUGCGCAGAUCAGCCAGUCAGCAUGGCUUUACUGGGUGCUUGUCAUGAAAACAGUGGGAAGGGUCUAUUCUCUCUUUACAAGCCUUCUCCUUGCAGUGUUAUUUCUUGCAGUGUUUAUGUGACUUAGCUCCUAGUCCAGGACUUCCAGACCACAAGCAAGAGGUGGCUAUGUCUGCCCUGCUCUCAGAUCUAGUGUGGGAUAUGUCGCUUACUUGGAUUCCGCACCUCUCCUGCAGCACAGGCUGUGAAUUCACCUCCCUGCAGAAUUGAUUUCUGUGCUCAGCUGUUUGGAGGUUUCUGUUGAAGACCACCUGAACUCCCGUAGCCCGAGGGCUGGGCUGCAGCCAGCACCCCAGCUGUAAAAGGUGCUGCACUGGCCACAGCACCUGCCCUUGCUGGAGGAUCCUGCUGCAAAGCUCAUGGCGUGGCUUUGUUGUUCAGUGUUGGUAAAAGAUAAAGUAGAGAAGUGAACAUGUGGAUUUUGAGCCCUCCCUCAUCUAAGCCAUUUAGCCGUUGUGUGCAUAAGUUUGCUUUCCUCUUUGCUGUCAAUCUGAGGUCCUAACAGUGACUCCUUGCUGAACAAGGGAUGAAGAGCAGAGUAUUGCCCUUUGAGCUGAUAGUUAUGCCUUCAUUAUAUCCCAGGAGGACUGAGAAGCACAAUGUGCCUGGGUAGAACCUGCCUGAUGUAUCUAGCACAGACCUAGGUCUGGAGAUGUGGCCAGGGUACCCCUCUGGGUAUAGGCAGACCAGAGAUCUCUGGUGGUAUUGGGCUGGGGUAGGAAAAAAGGUCCCUUCCUGCAGCCUGGCAUCCUCUCACCACUUAGGAAGAUUUACAGCCUCUCUUGUUGCCUGGACAGGGAGAAGGGGCUCCUGAGCCAGCACCUGUAGGGAUUGCUCCUAAUGCUGUUAGGGAUGAAGCAGUCAAGAACAGGUUUCCAGUCUCCUGUGUCAGCAGUGCCCCUGGCCUGAGGGCCAAGUUAGACAGCUUACUUGUCAUUUGGAUUUUGGUAGCCCCUAGAGGGUCCUGGCAGAGCUGAGGGUCUCAGCAAUAUCUGGCACACAGGUCCAUGGCAAGCCAUGGCCUUUGCUGAAGAUGGGUGACAGAUUUUUUCUUUAAAAAACUAUUCCUUUUGCCUGCACUGUUUCUUUGCCUUUUACUUAUUGCCCAAUGAUAGAACACCCCACCCCACACAGAAAACCACUUCUGCUCCUCUCAGCAUAGUUAUGCAUGUGCAUGACCCACCAAGUGCCCCAGGACAAGUCUAUACCUGCUCUUGUCAUGGGGCCUAUCCUGAGCUCUCUGCUGACCUGGAGCAGUACAGGGCUGCCAUCCCUCCUUCUUUCCCUCCUCUGAAAGCUGCAUAUUCACUCCAGAUCUGCUGUGCGAUGUCAUAGCCAAAUGCUGGUGCUGAGCAGGAUAAAUCCCCUUUGAGCCUCUCAGAUAAGCUGAGAACUAGACCCAGCUUCAUGGGGUAUAGCUCUACGGUGGCCAGCUCUGCUGGUAUGGGCAGGAGGAAGGAUGCCGGACAGAUUCUUAUUUCCUUGCCAGGCUUUUGCUGUCUUCUUUCCAGCCUAUCACCUUUGUCUCCUUCCUCCUGGAGCUCUUGCUCUGUGGGUCCAACAACCUCCUUGUGAUGAAGAUGAUGAAGGUGCUGCCAUGCCCUGCUGCUGUUCUCUUCCUAGUGGCUGCGUUCACUCUGGAGCCAUCUCACUCUGCCAAGGUGCUGAUCAUGCCCACAAUAGUCUUUGACAGCCACUUACGAGUCUUCAUGCGAGUGGCAGAGGCAUUGACUGACCGGGGCCAUGACCCUGUGCUGCUACUUCAUGAGGGUCGGGAUGUGGAAACCUACCUGCCUGGCUUCCGUGUGCAGAGGUACCGGGGUAUCUUCAGCACAGAGAGUGCAGACGCCUGGGUGCAGGAGAAGAUAAAGCGUGUCUUCCAGGGGAAAAUGACCUCUCUGGAGGUGUUCUCGUUUUUGGAGAAGUACCUGGAGAACUGUGACCUGGUGCUGGGAAACUCCACUCUUCUGCAGAAACUCCAGUUUGAGAACUUUGACCUGCUGUUGGUGGACCCUAAUGAGAUGUGCGGCUUUAUCCUGGCCCACAUCCUCCAGGUGAAAUAUGCUGUGAUCUCCACUGGUUUCUGGUUCCCAGCAGAGAUUGGUGCUACUUCUCCUAUUGCCUAUGUCCCUGAGUUCAACUCCCUGAUGACGGACAGGAUGGGCUUCUUUGGUAGGACUUGGAAUCUCCUAGUCUACAUGAUCACUCGUGUGGCUACAAAGCUGGUCAUCCUGCCCAAGUUUGAACGUCUCAUGGAGAAGCAUAGGGUGGAGCCCAAGAUAUCUAUGUUGGACCUUGUCCAUGGAACUAGUCUCUUCUUCCUCUGUAACGAUGUGGUGUUGGACUUCCCCCGUCCAACACUCCCCCAUGUCAUUUUCACAGGGGGCAUCCUCGCUGAGCCGGCAAAGCCCCUUCCAGUGGGUCUGCGUCUCUGGGUGGAAGAAGCAGAUGCGGGUGUUGUUGUUGUCUCCUUUGGCAUUGGGAUCCGAGCUCUGCCAAGCGAUUUGGUGGAGAAGAUGGCUGGCGCAUUUGCUCGCCUCCCGCAGAGGGUGGUGUGGAGAUACUUCGGGGAGAAGCCAAAAAACCUCGGUGAGAAUACACUGAUGAUGGGGUGGCUGCCCCAGAAUGACCUGCUAGGUCAUCCCAAUGUGAAAGCCUUCGUCAGCCACUGUGGGAUGAACGGUGUAUUUGAGGCGAUUUAUCACGGUGUGCCAGUGGUGGGAUUUCCUUUCUAUGGGGACCAGUUUGACAUCAUGACCAGAGUGCAGGCAAAGGGCAUGGGUAUCCUCAUGGACUGGAGCAGUGUAAAAGAAGAGGAUCUUUACCAGGCUGUCGUCACAGUUAUCUCUGACCCCAGCUACAGAAAAGCAGCCAAGCUCAUCUCAGCGCUGCACCUGGACAGACCAAUGCAUGCUCUCAAUAGGACAGUGUAUUGGCUGGAGUACAUCCUUCGUCACGAUGGGGCACCCUAUCUUCGCCCUGCUGUCUAUGACCUCUCCUUGUACGAGUACUUCUGCUUGGACAUCUUGGCUCUUCUCCUCUUGUGCCUGGCUGGCGUUGGAUUCGUCCUCUACAAAUCUGUGGUGUGGUGCAGAAGGAAGGGCGCCAGCCCUGUGUAUCAGAAUGGCAAUUGCAUGAAAGGCCACUUCACAGAAGAGAAGAAAUGGCAGUAGUGGCUCAGUGUGUUCCACUGAGCCCAUCCCAUCACUGUGAAACAAACUGCUGCUGUGCCAAGAAAUGUACGGCAUGCAGGCACGGCGAGAGGUGAAAGAUCAGCAAGUCUGGGUGAGAAGCGACUGGGGAGGGAGGAGUGUUACAGAGGCCUGUGUGCACACCUCUGUGUACAGCACCUAUGGGUGGGGACGCGGAUUCAGGCAUGGGUGGAAGCACUUGGCCAGGAUGCUGGGAGCGGGGCAUGGGUAGGUAGACUUCCAGGGAGGAGCGCAGGUUGUUCCCUUUGUAUUGCACCUUGGUUUAUGUGCUGGUGUUGCUCUUCUGGCUUUUUUGGAUCUUCCGUGGAGGCUCUGGAGAUAGGAAUAGCAUUUCAUGUGUAGCAGACACCAUUUCUCCUCUGCCUUGUUACUAAGAGCCCUGGGAGUCAGGAUUUCUUUAUGUGUGGGUGAGGACCUGAAGCAGAGCUGUGGACAGGGAAGGGCACUGAAAGUGUCAUCUACACGAGAAUGAAAUUGGUCUGGUUUAAGUUCUGUGGGUCGAUAUUGUUCUUCCUGCUUCAACCAACCCUCUGCCAUCCUGUUCAUGUUUGAGCUAAAUUAUUAUUUUUUAAAAUAAAGUUGUAUUCUUUCUCCUG